CACAGCAAGCGUGGCUGACUUUGUCGAUAGUUAGAGCGAAGGCACUAUACCUGGCGGAACUUUUACGAAGUUCGUUCGAAUGCACUUCUCGUGGGUGGACUUCGGGUAAAGUCGGAACUACUCGGCUGGCUUUCGAGCGGAGGCCUGCGUCGACCCUCGUCGACCCAUGGCGGACGGACACAACUGGUUAUAGCUUUCACGAGGCAAGAACGCUUCGACGCGGCACACGCUCCCGGUUUAUUUAACGCGCAACAAAACGUAUCGUGCUUUUUGUUAACAAAGACACGAUUUGCCUUGCGGAAAAAGUGAAUCGAUGAACAUUGUGAUAUCACUGAACCUGAUCGAGGCUGGUGUUUGGCGGUUAAAUCCUGAAAAAUCUCUGUGAAUCGUGGUUGGAUCUGUCAAACAGCGUUUUUAUUUUCUCAACUGUUUUUGUAUCUCUCUUGACUCACUUAAUGCACUGACUGAAAUAGCGAAUCGAGAUUAGGUCACGAGAGAGAGAGAGAGAGAAAAAUUGAAGUGUUUUCAAUUGGCGUGUUUACAUCACACGUGAAUUUAAUAAAACUUAUUCAUAGACGACACGAGAGGCUUUAAUGAAAACGAAGUGUGUCCUACUGAGAAAAUGAGCUGAGCUAUCGAACGAUUGGCGAAUUGUUGAUUUCUAUGAGAGAGAAAAGCAGACGGUGAAUAAACGCAGACACGUGGACAGGAUGCUGUUCAAGUUAUUCCUGUGGUUUCUGCUGGCAGUGAGGCCAGGUGCCGGAUAUUUCAACCUCUUCCUCAGCCAGGCUGAAGUUCGCAAGUUGAUGGGUCUGGAGGCUGAGCUGUUCUAUGUCCGAGAGGGUGUGAUAAAUCAGUAUGCGAUUAAAUUCGUCGUUCCGGUACCCGCGCAGGUGCACAAGCUCCACUUCACCUGGGAGAACCUGGCAGGUCGACCGCUGCCCUACACCAUGUCCGUGGACAUCAGCAAUCCUUCGGCAUUGAGCAGCUCCUUGAACAUAUCCCAAGCUGGUGAAAUACCAGUUGGCGGACUUCAGACUUGGGCCCUGGCGCUUCAUUGUGGGCCUUACGACGCUGAGGUCGAUCUGGCGUUACGCAUAAAUGUUUCUUUGUCGAGUAGAAACACGACCAGCGUUGAUUUCCGACGCAAGAAGAUCUGUCUGAAGGACAAGAGCGGCUAUCCUGGACCAGAGGAGGUCCUGGUUGCAGCCUCCGGUUCGACAUCCGGUGGCCAAGUGUUCUACGCUGCGAUCGGUUGUGCGUGCGCCUUCAUAGCAGCUAUAUGCGUCCUCGUGGUAGCUUACUACGUUCGCGAUAAGAAAGCCAGAAGACACAGAGAUCCUCUGCAAGAAUCCAGAGGACUUAGUUCAGCCUGCAGCGUAGAACGUGGUACAGGCGUUGGUCCGGCGCAGACAUUCUUAUCUCCGGAAACGCCACCACCACUUUCCGCAGCAUCCACGUCCAGCUACAGACGUCUGGAUGAUCGACCCAGUCGAGAACUUCACGAAAGGAUCCAAGAAAUCACGGUUCAGAGGGUGCGCCUACUGAGCAUCGAGAUGGAGGGUACAUUCGGUAAGGUAUACAGGGGUAGUUAUCACGAAGAGGGUGCCACGUCGUCAACGGACGUCCUGGUGAAAACGGCAGCCGAACACGCAUCCCAGUCGCAGGUCGCCCUUCUACUCAGGGAAGGUCUGGCUCUUUAUGGCCUGAGCCAUCCUGCUCUACUUCCGGUCCUCGGUGUCUCCAUAGAGGACAGGGGUGCUCCCUUCCUCCUCUAUCCCCACACCGGCUACAGGAACAUGAAGAGGUUCUUGCUGAGGUGCAAGUUGAGCAGCGAAAGACCACCGAGGGCACUCACUACCCAGGAGGUCGUCGAGAUGGCUCUUCAGGCUGCCAAAGGGGUCCAGUAUCUUCACCGGAAGCGACUCGUUCACAGGGAUCUUGCCGCCAGAAAUUGCGUAGUGGACGAUGAUCUUCGAGUUCAGAUAACAGAUAAUGCUCUGGCCAGGGACUUAUUCCCACAGGACUACCAUUGCCUUGGUGAUAACGAGAAUCGACCAAUAAAAUGGCUGGCCAUCGAGAGUAUCGUUAAUAAAACAUUCACUACAGCAUCCGACGUGUGGGCAUUCGGUGUCUUAUUAUGGGAACUGACAACCCUGGCGCAGCAACCCUACGUCGAGGUGGAUCCUUUCGAAAUGGCAUCCUACUUGAGGGAUGGAUACAGAUUGGCUCAGCCCAUCAACUGUCCUGAUGAACUAUUCGCCGUUAUGGCGUACUGCUGGGCUAUGUCCGCCGAUGAGAGGCCGACUUUCAGUCAGCUUAUAGUCUGCCUACAGGAGUUUCAUACUCAACUCACGAGAUACGUUUGAAUGCAUCCUGAUAAUCUUUAUAUAAGAAUUCGAAGAUGAGACGAGAUACAAAGUGUACAGAAGACGCGUGAGAUGCUGCGCGGACACGUUCCUUACCUUUGCCUACUUUGUAAAUAGAUUUAGACUGAUAACAGUUAAUCGCUUGGUCUACGGGUCAAUGGAGAAUAUACACGGGCACGUAAACUUCCUUUGGAAGAAUCAAAAGAACAUGGACGUAUUAAAAUAAAUGAUAUAGCAGGCUUCACUGCCAGUUUCACGAUCCGAGAGUUCAAUUAGGAUCGAGAGAUUUAAACGUUGUGAUACGUAUUUCGCUUGCCAGGUAAUUUUUCAAUGUGCCAACUUUUGUAUUUUUGUAUAUACUUAUAUAUAGAUAUAUAUAAAUAUUAUAAGUGCGAUACAGGUACACAGAAGAAUUUGUAUAUAGGAAGAAGAUAUAUUGUGUCGCAUCCACAUGUACAAAAUUACAUAAAAUAAAUUUAUUACCUCAUAACAAUAA